GCUCUUAGUUGCAUUAUGGGAUUGAUGAGCAAGAAAAUGAAAGUUAAUUCUGUCUUUUCCUCCAGCAGGGUGCAGCAAGGAGCAACAGGGAGCGUGGGCUAUGUAAGCAUGGGCUAUGUAAUGCAUUACAAAACAUGUUACCAAACGUCCACUGAUACCUUUGACAACGCUGUUUGCUUUGUUAGUGUCCACCUCUGGUUCAAACAGCAACACACGGCAACUCUUCAACGACAAUGAAUUCAGUAGCUUAUAUAUCAUCCUCUGUGAGAACUGUUGGUCAGUUAACCUCUAACUCAGCAUGUCGGAGGUUAAUGCAUAUAAGUGAACCAUAUACGCUGGGUAAAAAGCAUACACAGCUGACUCAGGUAUCCUGUAUGAAACAACAUUGUAUAACCAGAGAAUGUAACAUCCAUAUAACACAUGGGAGGUGCGCCCAAGCGCUUCAGUUGAGUAACGUGUCUGAAGAGAAGGAUCAUCUCGAUUUUAUCAAUCAAAUUCAAAGAUAUCGUACCCAGUCAAAGACACUGCCUGCCAAUGAAGCCUAUUUAUCACAUACCCCAGAGAAUGGACGUGCUCAAACUCUUCAGUCCUUUUCAGAAAGUGAGAUGUGGAACAUUGUAAAGAACACACCUAACGGUGUGAGCAUAUCCGGUCUUGCUAACCUAAUGGGGAUCUGUGACAAGAUUGGCAUGGAUCCUGACAGUCCAACAGGCCUCAUAUCAAAACUUAAACAGGAGUGCCUGAGAAAACUUAAUGAAGAAGAUGUGGAUAUCACUAACUUGUGCCUUCUUGGAGAGGUGGCGUAUAACUUGGAGGGUGCUUCGGAUCUUUUCAGUGAAGUUUUGAAAUCAAUUCAUACACGUGUUGAUGUUGAUCUAACCCCACUGGAAGCUUCUCAUCUAUACACCUUCUUUGCUCUCAUUGCAAACCAACACAUGAACCCAGAUCUCAUGACAAGACUGAACAGGUGCACAGAGAGGUUGGCACCCAGACUACCACCAACUGCCAUAAGCAACAUCCUUCACUCCUUGUCUGUGUUGCAGGAAGGUCAGUCAGUCAUGCUCAUUCAAAGGCUCAUCCAGCGCUCCACUCUCUUCAUGGAGUCAUUUAGUGAUGCUGAACUUACUGGGAUUCUCCGUGCCCUCGCGGAGUUAUCACAGCACAACACACAAUUCCUGUAUUGCCUAGAGCAGCAACUACCUAACAGAAUAAAAGAGUGUGACCCUGAGCUCAUCAGUGCAGUGAUGGAAUACUGUCUCCAUGCGCGCUGGUGCUCCGGAGCUGUAUUUGAAGCCGUUGCUGAGCGAUUCGUCCAAAAUGCAGAGACAUACAGCACACCUCAAAUUGCCCAUCAGAUUGUUGCAAUGGGAAGACUGAAUUAUCUCCCACACUGUGCCAAUGAGAUGUUCAAGAAGUUGGAGAGCAUACUCACCUCAAGAUUCUCCCAGUUCCAGCCUCGAACUCUGCUCAACAUGCUGCACUCUUGCAUACACCUGGAGAGGUUUCCCCUGAACUUUGUCUCCAAAGUCUUCAGUCCCUACUUUCUUCAAAGAUUAGAAGUGCCAGGUCAGGGCCUGGGCAAAAAUGUCUUAGCACAGCUGACACAGCUAAACAUGUGUACCUCGCUGGAAUGCACCUUCUACCAGGGACCAAAACUUCCAUAUCAUUACCAUGUGAAGAAGUUCUCAUCUGUGGACCACUUUUUCGAGAGCCCACUAGAUAGCUACUUGUUCAGAAGGGUGUAUGGUCCUCUUUGCAAGGUGCUGGGUGGGAGAAAAUAUUUUUCCACCAAGGUUUUCACACAAAAUGGAUACACUGUAGAUGUGGAGAUCUGUGUUGAUGAAGAGGGCCUGAUUUUGCCUCUCACACAAUGGGAUCAGACCCACAAUAGGAUUGCUCUCUGUUUGGACGGUCCUGACCGUUUCUGCAAAAAUACACACCACCUUUUGGGCCAGGAGGUCACCAAGAGGAGACAUCUCCAGAGGCUGGGCUAUGAGGUGGUACAGAUUCCUUACUUUGAAUAUGAGACGUUGCAGACACAGAGCCAGCGAGCUUGUUAUCUCCAUCAGAGGAUAGGUCGCUCAGUCUUCAAGUGACUUCUGCAAGAAGAGGAUGGAUCCUUCAAUGUAGCAAAACUCCAAAGUAAACUUUUGUUGUUGAUGUUACCAUUCAGUGAAUGUUGAAAACAUUAAAUAUAUGUGAAUAGGCAAAAGAGUUUAUGUGGAAUCGAUAAAUCAGAUUUGUAUAUAUGUUGAGUUGUAAACAGAGUUUAACUAUAUGUUCUAUUCGUUUUUAUACAUCUAAAUUAUGUUGGCACUUUUUAACCCAAAUGCCUGUGUUUGUGUUUCACAAAGCAUUUGAAGUAAUGUAACUGAUGUGGCACUUUAUUACAUCAGGUAAGGUAAAUGUACUGUAUAUUUGGACAUUUUUUUGGAAGUUUGCUUUGCAGAAAAUAAAUAUUU